AUGAGCUCGAUGCCAGAUGAGAGCUCAGAGCUCGCAAAUGAUAAUCAUGCAGGAAGUAAUCAGAACCUACAGACCGAAACUGCAGAAACAGUACAAGAGCACGAAGAUUGGCAUACGAUGGGAAUGGAUGGGAAUAAGGACACAGGUGGGGAUGUAGGAGAGCGGGGAGAGGGGAAAGAGGAAGCGCCGAUCGGGACAACAACAACGACAUCAAGGGUGCUGGAAUAUUUGCAAGAAGCAAGGAAAGAAAGUGGAGGAUUAGGAUCAGCGAAUGUCUCUGUAUUCCACUCAUACAAGAAUUCUGAUGGGGGAGAGAUAGAACAAGAGGGUUCACAUACCGAUUCCCAAGAUUCACAUUUGCCUCAUGCAACAAAUGGACGAAAUAGCCCUGCUCCGUCUUUCUCCAAUCCUGACGAUACACCUUCGGUACAUGGUUCUGUGGCAUCUUCACGCACCAGUAGUGCAUUUGGAUCCAGAUUCUCACCCUCACCCUCACUACGACCGUUUGAUAGGAGAUUUCAAUCUCGCUUGCAACCUGGGACUCCGACGUUGUCUCAAUCACCUCGUGCUCUUUCACCAGCUCUUCUUAGUCCACAUUCGAGAUCAUCUUCAUCUGGUAGCCAAGCAGAGAAUAUUACUUUUGGAGCAUUGGAUGAAGGAUCGGCACCAUGGGAUGUUGUUCGGUGGACUAAGCUCAAAAAGAUCAAGAACCAACUCUUUUCAGAAGCCGGAAAACGGAGUUUUGGCACCCCCACAUGUAUUACCGUUUCUGCAACUAUUGCUGUAGGAACUUCUAAGGGUAGCAUUUUAAUUUUCGACUAUAAUCAAACUCUUCAAUCUAUAAUAGGACCCGGAACGCAAGCUGUCGAAUGUGGUCCUAUAACUGGCAUGGCCAUCUCUGCGGAUCAUACCACGAUUGCCGGAGGCCAUUCUUCUGGACAUAUUUUCACUUGGGAACUAUCUAAACCUAGUCAACCAUUCCUACAGAUUCCACCACUGCCAUUAUCCCAACUUGAAAACCGAAAAGCGGAUGGUCAUGUCGAAGGUGUCUCAGUGCUCCAUCUUGGGUUUCUCGGGACACGACACACGGCUUUAGUUUCUGGGGAUGAUAGGGGAAUGGGAUUUUCACAUUUGGCUACUAGGGGGUUAGGGAUAGUCAGAAGGGUGGUGAAAACAACUAGGAUUUUGGGGCGAUAUCCCCUGGAUAUUGCACCCACCGGGCGCCCUCGAAAGCCUAGUUCAGUUCUUGGGUUUUCCGCCCUCCCCUUAGGAAACUCUCCACAAAAAACAGACACAAUGGGGCUUGUGGCCUUAUUAACACCCUAUCUUCUCGUCGUGGUUUCUACAACGCCAAUUGCUCAAACGCAACACAAAGCUGCAAGACCGAAGGAGGUUGCGUCCGAUUCUGCUCUUUCAGGCUGCCUAGCCUGGUAUCCUUUCACGAAACUAAAACAGGCUGCCAUAGCUCCGGAUGCAACACACCCAUCGUCGAAUGCACGGUUAGUAUAUAGCUGGUCGAAUGUUUUGACAUUAUUGGAGCUCUCAAUUCUUGAGUCUGGGGAAAAGGAGGAUCCAAAUCGUCCCCCUGUUUUAGAAUUCCGACCUAAAAGUCGAUUUCGGUGUGAUGAAGCUAUUGUAGCCGUGCAGUGGAUUAAUCGCCAGAUAAUCGCUGUCUUGACAGUUACUCAACGAUUAAUAAUACUGGAAGAUAUUGCAUUACGGGUUACAGAAACAUUUGAUUUGAUGCCCAAGCAAAUUCUUCAUCUAGAUGCUUUCUCCACACAACUCGGGCCUUUAGUUGACCGAAUGGACGAUGAAAGCUCGAUGCAUCCACAUGUAGCAGACGCCUUCUAUAAUAGUUUCAAAACCUAUAAAGGGAGAAUGUUUCUUCUGGGUCAGUACGAUUUGUUUGUUGGUGCGCUUUCUAACUGGGCUGAUCGGCUUCUUGCAAUGAUGGAGGUCGGAGACUUUAUCGGCGCUAUUCGUCUUGCUACAACAUACUAUAUUGGAGAAACUACAAAGUUGACGAUUGGUUUGCCCGAGGAUUCUAACUUGCGCUACCCAAUAGUGCGAGAAAGGCUUUUGGAGAUGAUGUCUGCUUCUUUACGAUAUGCUUUUGGCAAAAACCGAAAGUCAUCGCAAACCGAGCCUUUAGGGAAUGAUCAAUUACAGGACCUUGCUACUGUUUGCUUUGAUGCUUGUUUGGCAAUGGGUGCCACAGACUUUUUGUUUGAAGAGGCCUUUGACCAUUUCGAACAAGGCUCUGUUCAAGGCAUCUUCCUUGAAACGCUCGAGCCACACAUUCUAGAAGGUCGAAUCCGGUCUGUCCCUCCGACAGUUGUUAAGGCACUUAUCAACCACUACACAUCCCUCGAACUGGAUAGUCGAUUAGAAGAAAUUAUUUGUCACAUGGACACAAGGACACUGGACAUUGACCAGGUCACAACCCUUUGCAAAAGACAUAAUCUCUAUGAUGCAAUGAUUUACGUCUGGAAUCGAGCUCUCGGCGAUUAUAUUACUCCUAUGAUAGAUCUUCUCUCUCUGUUAGUACCAUUACUAAGGAACGGCGUGGACGAAAACGAGGAUUCAAUUUACGCCGUCAAUGCGCUCAAAAUAUUCCCCUACCUUUCCUAUACCCUUACUGGACGAGUUUAUCCUACCGGAGAAGAGCUUACUGAGCCCGAAGCUUUAAAUGCUAAAGCGGCUAUCUAUCAUUUCCUCUUCUUAGGAAAAGCAAUUAACUGGCCAAAACAUAUGAAUAAACCAUUCCUUACAUCGCACAAUUCUGUUAUUGAACCGUCCUACCCAUAUCUUCGACUUAUCCUUCAAUUUGACGCAUCAAGCUUUCUAAGCGCCCUGAAUGAAGCAUUUGAGGAUCCUUUUUUGAACGAUUCGCCUAAGUCUCUGAGCAACGGCGGGACAACAGGCCUAUCAGAGGAACGGAUAUUCUGCAUACAUUCAGUAGACCGACAAAGCGUCGUUCAAAUACUUUUAGAAGUCAUGAGCCCCACAGAUUUCCCUCCACAGGAUACAAUAUAUCUCGAUAUGUUUAUUGGGCGAAAUCUGCCGAAAUACACUCAAUUCAUACUUCUGUCAGGAAGUGCUUUGCGCCGUGUUAUUGUCGGUCUUUGUAACUACCCCGGAGAAGAUAUUGCCGAUGACUGUCAACUCAGCGUUGAGUACUUACUCACUGUAUACCAUCCCCCUGAUAUCGACGACCUUAUUGAGCUUUUUAUAAAUGCGAAAUUUUAUCGAGUCCUGAAGUCAAUAUUCCGCUCCGAGAAGCGCUACGCGAGACUGAUCAAAACUUAUUUCGAAGACCAGGAAUCACAGGAAACGGUUUUUGAUUGCAUUGGAGACUAUCUACGACCUCACAGUGGUCUCAACGAACGACAGUUUAAAGAGCGCUUGUUGUCAAUACCUACGUUCCCGAGAUCCAUAGGGUUCUCCUUGACUCGAUUGAAGAUCGCACUCAUGAUCAGUUCCUGCGAUCUUCGCCUUGAGAAGGUCUUACCGGCGCUGGAGGAUAAUGGGGUUAUGGACGCGGCGGUUUUAUUGAUGGCUAGAGAAGGUCAAAUUCGGAACGCGAUGAACCGAUUGAUAGCUCACUUUGACACGUUGGAGACAGCUUUGAGCGGUAUACUCAGCGCGACUGUACAUGUACAUGGGUCGCAGUUGGGUGCAGGCGCAGCAACAGAGACUCUACAAUCACUGCAGAAGUAUGCCCAAGUUGGUGUCUGGCUUUGUCGGGGUCAGAUGAAGACCGGAAAACGAAUGAUAAAGGCCUCCAGAGCAAAAAGGAGGUCGGAUGAAGAGCCUUUGAGUGGAGAGGAGAUUCUAUGGUUAGAUCUAGUGGAUGUUGUGGUGCGCAUUGCAAAGAAUUGCAUCUCAAUUCUGAACAGACCUUCUGCGAACGGGAUGAUAACCCUUGAUAUUGAAGUCAAUGGCUCAGCCGAUCAUCGCUCAACUGAAAUCGAUAAAGGGAAAGUUAUACAAUCACUUCGUCUGUUUGUCCAAGACACCUUUUCAGCGCUCCUGGCAGCAACAUCGAGCUCACAAACUGUAUCGUUUCUUCACAUUCUUAGAGCUUUCCUCUCCCGCGCUUCAAUAGCUUCACCUUCGCUCUCAGAACUUCGCAGCGUUCUUAGCGGCAUUUUCGAGGCAUAUUUAUAUGAGGAGCAGAUCUUAUCACUCGCGAAUCGAUUACUUGAAAAAGACCUAUUUGUUCAUGUUGAUGAGGCCGCCGCAUUACGCCAGAAAGGAUGUCGCCCAAUAUCACAAACAUGUGAAGCCUGUGGUAAAAGAGUGUGGGGCCAUGGUGCGGCAGGUGGUAUUUACACCGCUUGGGAGAAGCAGCGAGUAGGAAAUCUUAAGCGUGUAGAGAAGUUACGCGAGGAGCGAAGACUAAUGGCUGAGGGACCAUUAUCUGCUGUUGCACGGGGGAAGAGUCGGGCAAAGAUAAGUGAUAUUGGUGAAAUGGGCGGAGAAAGCUCUAACGAUACUCGUGGUGAGGGAGACGAGUUCGGAGAUAGAGGGGAGGAGGAGGCUGGAGAGCUUGUGUUGUUUAACUGUCGACAUAUUUUUCACAGGAGGUGUCUGGAUAAUCUGCAGGAGCAACACUCCCUAGAUAAUGACUGGGCAUUUCGGUGUAUUAUCUGUGGGCAUGCUGGGAAGAGCGGACAAUAA